CUCAGAAAGUCAUUAUUUCUUCAGAUCUGCUAAUAGGUACAUACGAAUCAUUGAAAAUAUUGCGCCCAGCGGAAUUGUACUGAGCUUGCCUGCCUGUUCGCGCAACGCCUUAUCUCAUCCAAACGGCGCGGACACUGACGAUGAUUUCUGCCUUUCCUCCUUUUUCCUCCACUAUCUAAGUGUGGUCCUUUUGAAUCAAGAAACCCCAAGAUAUCCCGUGAACUACAUUAUCUCGCAGAAAAAAACUAAAAAAGGAAAACUCCUAAAUCUCUAUCACUUUCCCAUUGAUUCUUCUCUCGUCUAAAUCUUGAACCUAUUUUGCGUGAACACUCAAAACACUUAUCAAGACAACAGAACACAGGCAAAAAUCUGAUUAUCGAGAUUUUUGGGUGGGAUUUUCUCUAUGAUACUGAGAAGCAUAUCUGCAAUAAUCACCCCGAGCCGUCAGAGAAUGAUCGGGUCCAUUUAUAAUUACGUUUUCGGACGCUCUACUGUCACCGAACAACACAGACAGUAUGCCACAAACAACCCAUCAUUUACCCCAAGUAUGACAGCAAGUUUCCACCCCAGACUAGCCACUAUUUUCCAACAAUUAGAUGCUAUUGCCCCACGCUUUGCUGUCAAGGGUUCGGACAUCCAUAUUAUCCUGCUGCCUGCUCUAUUUUAUAACACACUCAAAGAGAAAAUCAGUGAAGCCAAGUCCAGAAUUUUCUUAAGCUCGCUUUACGUCGGUCAAACCCAAGAAGAGCUUGUCGAGUGCUUAGCGGAGGCAUUAACAAAAAAUGAAAACUUGAAGUUGCAUAUUUUGACUGAUGCCUUGAGAGGCACGAGAGAAGCCCCCAACCUGCGAUGCCUGGCUCUGUUGCUCGUGAGUUUGGUGGAAAAAUUUGGUAAACAUCGGGUUGACAUUCGUAUGUACCAUACACCACAUUUGGCUGGGUUUAAGAAAAACUGGGUACCGAAGCGUGCGAACGAAGGUUUUGGAUUACAGCACAUGAAGUUAUACGGUUUUGAUGAUGAGAUCAUAUUGAGUGGGGCCAAUUUGUCUGAGGAUUACUUCACAGACAGACAAGACAGAUACUAUGUGUUUAAAAGCAAGAAGAUGACCGACUACUACUACAAAGUUCAAGAAACAAUCUCGUCCUUGUCUUAUCAAUUGGUCACCACAGCCCAUCCAAAAGGAUUUCAGAACUUUAGAUUAACGUGGCCUACUUCUAAUAAGUCUUGCGAGCCGGACAUGAAUCUUCAGAGAUUCAUCAGUGACUCGUCUUUUCUUUUAGAGCCAUUACUCAAACAGCAUACGCUUGGAUCUUUGGACGUAUUUGAUGAUACUGAAGAAUUCGACACCAUUGUGUAUGCUGUUUCUCAGUUCACACCACUAUUGCACCCUUCCAAUGACUUAUCCACAGAAAAGCCUACAAUUCUUCGACUCUUGUCAUACUUGGAUUCCCCCAAGAUUAAGUGGUGGUUUACUGCCGGCUAUUUUAACAUGCUUCCGCAAAUCCAGGAACGAUUCUUGAACGGGCAGGCUCAAGGUACAUUGAUUACUGCGUCAGCAAAGGCCAACUCUUUCUACAAGUCAUCAGGUAUCUCCUACUACAUCCCGGAGGCAUAUUUGUUGAUAGCCAAAAAAUUCUUGGAAGAGGUGCACAAAAGAGGAAAGCAAAAUUUGAUUAAAUUGUAUGAGUGGCAAAAUGGAGUUGUGAACACGACGGGGGGUUGGUCUUACCAUGCCAAAGGUAUAUGGCUUUCUGUGCCCGAGGAGGAUGUUCCUUCGAUUACAGUGAUUGGCUCUUCUAACUAUACAAAAAGAGCAUAUAGCUUGGAUUUGGAGAGUAAUGCAGUGGUCAUCACUAAAAAUUCUGCUUUGAAAGAGCGAAUGAGGCUGGAGAUUGACAAUUUGAUGACUUAUGCUUAUGAGUUGAAAUUAUCGGAUUUCGCGCCAAAACUACAGGACACACGAGACCAUGAGCCAAAAGUAGAUACACAGGGCAAUACGAUAGCUCCGCCCCAAACGUUUGCAAUUGAUGAGGACAGGAGAAUCAGCUACAGGGUUCACUGGGCCUUGCGUCUCAUAGGUGAUAAACUAUAGCGCAUGAAAAUAUAUUGACAAUAUACAUUUAUAAAGAUGAUAUGAAUAAUUAUUCUGACCCAUUUUCGAUCGUGUCAUGAGUGACAACAUUGACAAACGAAUCAGGUAUC